UGUCACACAUGGAAAAAAGGAACAGACCAGUCAUUCGACGUACGUAAGAAUUACGUCAAAAUCUGGUCAAAACAUAGAAUUUUGGCUUGUUUUGAAGGAAUAUUAUGUGAAUAUACAGAGUUCGAUAUGAAUUUGUCAUUAAAAUGUUGUUAUUUGUGUCGACUCCGAUAUUAACGUGAUACAAAGUAUCAUGUAAAACUUUAACAAACUGUGUUCGAUGGACAUUUACAAAACUGAGUGUUUGGAUUCCUAGCUGGUUUAAGCAAGGAAACAGAGAUAUGGCUGACGAUCCUGGCCGCUCUUCAUCUAAUUCAGCAGAGAUGGCGCACGAGAGCGGCGGCGGCGCGGACGGCUCGCCGCAGCACACGCCGUCCCCGCCGCACGCGCCGCGCCUGCCGCUCGCCGACACCAGCUUCCACCACCAGAUCAUGCAGAAUCAGAAUCCAAGAAAGAACCAUAUUGCUGAGCGGGCGAAACAGACAUUAGAGAGUAGUUUCCUGAUGCAAUUAAAGAAGCAGCAGCAGCUGCAGCAAGAGAUCCUGCUGCAGCACUUCCAGCAGCAACGCCAGCAGUUGGCGCAGGAGCACGAGCAACAGCUGAUGCACCAUUUGAAG